UGUCUCGGUUUGUUUUGAGCUCCUGAACGCAACACAAACUUCACAAACGCAGACGUCCAGGAUCAGUGCCGGGUCAGGUGCCAUGGCCCUGCCCCCAGAUCCCGCCCCUUUCACCAAAUUGAAGAAAAAGAAGAAAAAGAACGAAGUGAACGAGGGAGGAGGCGAAGAGAGGAACUACGGGGAUGAGGGGAAGAGCCACAGAGAUGAGCGAGGGAGUGACAGGAGCGAGGGGAGGAGCCAUGGAAGUAAGGAUGUAAAAAAGCAAACAAAGAGAAAGAGAGGGAGCGCACAGAUGGAAAGCGAGGAGAAGAGUGGAGACCCAGAAGGAAGCAAGACGAGGAGGCAAGGAGACAAAGAAAGGGACCAAGGAGAAGAAGAGUUGACAAGGAAAAAGAAGAAGAAGAGGAGCAGAGAGAAUGGGACACAGCCGGAGAGAGCAGAGCUGAAGGAAACAACCCCAGGAAACGAGAUGAAAAAGAAACUAAACAAGGAGGCUCUGCAGAAAAACAGAGUGCAGCUGAAAGAAGAGCAGGGACUGGACAUGAACAUAAGCAACACACAGCAGGAAAUACAGUUCUCAAACUCAGAGCUUCUUGAGUUGGAGGAGUUUAUUCCCAACGUUCAGAGCAAAUCUUUGGAAGUGAAACAGAAACUGUUGAGAUACGACCUGCCCCGAUUCAGAGAGUUUAAACGGAAAGGUCUGAAGCUGCGUUGGGGGAGGUACUCUGAGGAGGAGAAUCUUCAGAUUCGGCGGAAUGUGGAGGACUUCCUGAAGCUGACACUGAUCCAGACUCCAGAGGAACUGUUUUUUCCCCAGAGGUUCCCUGAACGAGAGCACAGCCUGAGGGACGUAAGGGCAAACCACCGCUUCUACCAACGAAUCGCUGAAGGUUUGUUGAGGACGUGUGAUCAAGUUUACGUCCGCAGCAAGAAGAUCUUUGAUCCACGAAACCACAUGGGCAGGUUCUCUGAGGACGAGCUGCAGGCUCUACAGAAGCUUCACACGAUUCAUGGGAACGACUGGAAAACCAUUGCCAACAAACUGGAACGCAGCAUCUACGCCUGUGAGAAACGACACGCCCAGAUAGGAUCCGAGCAUGGGCCCUGGACUCCAGAAGAAAUGCACCGACUUAAGAGGGCCACCAAGAAACACCUCAAACGAGCCCUCGAGUCCUCGCCCAGUCCUGGUCUAGAUUUUGGUGUAGAUCCUGGUCCAUCCUUUUUCCUUCUCUGCUCUAAACUGCCCUGGAAAAAGAUCAGCCAGAAAGUCAAGUCCCGCUCCCCGGACCAGUGUCGAAGGAAAUGGUUUUCGUAUCUGAAGUCUCGUCUUAAAGUCGUAAAGCCCCAGGUCAGACCAGAAGCGUCUGCCCGAACCAGAGUCCAACUGAUCCAGAUUCUGUACCAGCUGCAGGUGGAGGAUGUGUCUGAUGUGGACUGGAUCCAGGUGGCCCAGUCUGUGGGGGGUGUGACUCCCAUGUGUAUGCAGAGGUUGUUCCACAGGAUGAAGGUGUCUCGGGUCUUGGGCUGGACACGCCUUUCCUUUGGAGAAAUUGUGGACAACCUGUUUCAAAAUGAGCUUCCUAUGCUCUUGAAGAAAAUCAAUUUCGCUUCGAGUCCAGACCCUGGACCGGCCCGGUUCAGCCUGGACCACCUCUUUCCCCCAGAGGACGAGGUCGACAGUGAGGUGGACAACAGCUGAGAGCACCCUCCCGUAGGAAUGUCUAAAGCAUGACAUUUAUGACACAUGUGGGACGAGAGCGGAGAAUGUGUGAAGAACAUCAUCUCAAAAACUAUGAAAUAAUCAGAGGCACGAGAGUGAAGUGUGAACUGUUUUAUGUAAUACAUUUUUCAUGACGACCACCUGUCUGGCCCUGUCUACUUGACACCAGGUUUUGCCACCCAAACUCAUUUGAAUUUAUACUUUGCAGUGAUGUUACUCCUGGGGAUGUUCUACAUGUGUGUUAAUGGUUGAAUGUUCAGCAGUAACCAUGGAGACACAAUGCACACAUUGGCAAACACUGUCAAAAAAUAUUUAAGAGCAUCUGAAAACUCAAGAGAAACACAAAAGUCAUUUAAAAAGCACAUCCUCAGGAGCCUGUGAUCAAUCUGAGCGUUCAUGGCCCUGUUUAGAUGUUUCAUUUUACACAAAAGGUGAGAGUGACUCACUGAAAAACUGUUGGCUAAUGUUAAUGCUAGCUAGCUUGUGACUGUAAUGUUAUUUGAGAGACGUGUUUAACAGCAUAAAUCAGCUCACCUGUUGUAGUUCAGAUAAGUCCGUUCUUUAUGGUCAGAUUGUGUUAAAAUAAUACUCCGA